AUGCAGCUUUGUUUUGGUUCUUCUAUCUUGCCCCCUGAUCAAAUAGUUUUUAGUGUAAAGAACUAUGAUGCUGAGUAUCAUAAGAUUUUAUUAAUCCAUCAUAGCCGGUCUUCUUUGCCAAUUCCUAAUAAAAAGUGGCAAUCUCUCCCUCUUGGUCAUUUUAAACUCAAUGUUGAUGGUGCACUUAGCUUGAGUUCUAGUUUACGUGGGGUUGGUGUAGCGGUUAGAGAUUCCUACGGUUGUCUUUGUGGGGUAGUAGCGAUGCGUGCUCCUAGUGUGCUAUCAGUCCUGGCUACUGAGUUGUAUGCUCUCAAAAUUGGUAUUUCUUUUGCUGUGGAUGCUUCUCUCACGCCUCUCAACCCCUGUUAUGAGGCAGAAGGGGCUCUCAUCGAAGAUAUUCGACAAUUCCUCGCUUCGUUCUCCUCUUACUCGGUCCGCUUUGUUCCCCGCACAACUAAUGAAGUGGCGGGUCGUCUUGCACGCUUCAAUCUUGUUCAAAAGGCCUUGGAUUUUUGGUUUUCUGACCCACUUCUUUGGUUACAGGAUUGUCUAAAUGAGGACUCUCGUGAGUGUACUAUUACUUGA